AUGAGUGGUGACAGCGCGAAUUUUGAUGACACCGUGGCCCUUGUGAGAGCUUGCCACGUGGGCCACGAGGCUGCUGUACGACUGCUGCUGGCGGAGGGGCUCUCGCCGUCUUCGGCGGAUGCAGAGGGCAAUUCAGCCGUUUGCUUGGCUGCCGGUGCUGGACAGUCAGCGGUCGUCCGGAUCUUGCUUGAAGCCCGGGCAUCCCUAGAGGAGAUAGACGUGCACGACCGGACGCCGCUGUGUUUGGCCAGCAUGCGUGGCCGAAAGGAGGUCAUUCGAGAGCUUCUUGACGCAAGAGCAGAUCCAGAAACUGUCGGUGUCGACGGACUUCGCCCGUUGAUGAUCGCAUCUCGUGCGAAUCAACCUCAGGCUGUGAGCUUCCUGCUUUCGGCACGCGCGGACGUGAACGCUGUGGAUGAGGAUGGCGCCAGCUCUCUGAUCUGGGCCGCAAGCUCUGGGAGCACUCGGGUGCUGCCACUGCUGCUUGCGGCACGUGCCGACAUGGAGUGUCGUGACAUCGAAGGCGCCACCCCUUUGGCAUGGGCGGCUUCAGAAGGACAGGACGAGGUUCUGCAGAAGCUGCUCGAGGCACGGGCCCAUCCGGAUGCUGCAGACAACGCUGGGCGCACGCCUCUCAGCUGGGCCGCAGGCCGUGGGCAGGAGAUCGCUGCCAAGGCACUGCUGGUCGCAGGAGCGGACCUCACCAAGAAAGAUGGUGCAGGCCUGUCCGCUCAGGAAUGGGCAGCGGCUGAGGGGUGUGAGGAUGCGUUCCUCAGGACCCUCGCUGCCCUGAACUAG